AAAAAUAAUCUAUUAAAAUAAAGUAUGAGAAGACCAGAUGAACCUCACUGGACUACUACAUUGAGUCAUGGACAACAGUGUAUCAAGGAAUUCCAGAAAUUAAACUGGAAUCGAAAAGGGCAUGUUUCUGAAACCAUCUCAGAUACAAUCUGCACAACUAGGACAAGUGAAUUCUACUAUCCAGCCUGAACCUAAAGAAUCUGACCACUCCAAAAGACCACUAGUGAGCAGUCGAAAUGGUCAAGUAUGAAAGCAAACUAAAUGUUGGUCUGAAAAAAGACCAUAUAACAUAAAUCAACAAAAAUACACACUUAAAACCAUUGCCUAAAGAUAACAAGAUGUCUUAAACGUACACUGUGCAAGUUUUCUGGUGGCGGGUCCACUACGUACUUGGUAGCUUGUAAUUCUAAAAACUAGUGUCCAGCAAGCAUACCAGAAAACAGACAAAAGGGAGCGUUCAAAAAAGAAGGGAAGAAAAGCUCAUUGUCAAUAUUUUCCUAUUUAUAGAUUUCUUGCGUAUAGAGGAAAGUGUGUGUCACUUCCUCACUAAAACUAAAUCUAUUUGAAGAGUUUCAAUUUCAAUAGACCAUUCAAAAUGCAUUUGAGGUGAGAAGAGAUCACAGCUGAUCAGAGCCGACAAGUUUAUACUUCUAGACCCAGAGCCAGAACCACAUGCAUCUCAAACCUCAGCAGCAACAGAGUCAAAGUGGCACUUCCUCAAGAAAUGAAGAAAACAAAACAUGUGGGGUUUGCCUUAAGAGACCUGAUGAUCUUUCUGCUCCUGUGUAACUGUGUCCUUUUAACUGAAGGAUUUAGCGUCAAGAAGUGUUACAUUUAUAAAGACAGAGCCGAUUGCUCCAAACAGAAACUCACCAACAUUCCCACAGACAUCCCUCUUUCUGUAAAGAGCAUUGAUCUGAGCCAAAACCGUUUUACGAGUAUACAAGUAUUAAACUUUACAAAUUUCCCCAAUUUAACAACACUUGACUUGAAACGGAACUUCAUUUUGAAUAUUGGCAAACGUACAUUUUCUCAGUUACCUUCCCUAAGUGUGCUAAUAUUGAACACCAAUAAAAUUGUCCACCUUGAAGAUUAUGUAUUUGAUGGUUUGCCCAAACUCACACAGUUACUUCUGGGCUUUAAUCGUAUUCAAACAGUAGCACCAAAUACCUUCAGAUCCCUGAGCAGCCUCAAGAUCCUUGAACUGUCCAAGAAUCAACUGCAAACUAUUGAACUCUUCCAUGCUGCUUUACAGCACAUGCCACAGCUGAAAAACCUGCAGAUUCGAAACAACAGAAUAAAAACUUUCAUUUCAAAAGAUUUAACAAACACCUCGAUCAACAUUACAUACCUUGACUUGUCUGAAAACCCACUUGAGAAGUUUGUGGUUACAGACGCUGUCUUUCCCAAACUCUCCCGUCUGAACCUUGGACGUCCAACUGCAAAGCUCCACCUGACCUGGGCCGUGCAGAGCCAGACUGUGUUAGAGAAUGUGACCAUUCUGGAGCUCAGUGAGGUUCGACUGGCCUCUGGUGAUGAAUGGAAAAGACUGUUUUCAUCAUUUAACUCCUUGAUUUUCCUUAAGUUAAACUCAAUGAAAUACAAACUCACUAGCCUUAUGAACAUGUCCUGUUCCAUGCCCACUGUGUCAAAGCUGCAGCUGCAGAGCAACAAACUCACCUUCAUCAGCUCAUCUUUUUUCCAAAAGUGCCAUAAUGUAACUGACAUUGAUCUGGAGGAUAACAAAAUAACACACAUUGAAAAUGGCUCUUUUAACAUUCUGAAACUCUUAGAAGUCUUGAGCAUAAAACGUAACAGGCUCCAGACUGUCCCAUUUGCAACAAGAAAUCUGUAUUCACUUCGGAAACUCGAUCUUAGCUUCAACUUAAUCAGAACACUGGAGUGUCAGGAUUUUGCUAAACUGACAAAUUUAGUGCAACUGAAUCUGCAGUGGAACAGCCUAACAGCUCUAAAUAAAUGCUCUUUCAACACUCUGUCAAAGUUAGAAGUUUUGAAACUACAAGGAAAUUCAAUGACCAAACUCGGAGGUGCAUUUACAAAAAACUUGCCCAGUUUAAAAGUCCUCCUCUUAAAUAACAAUAAACUGACUGCAAUCGGUAAACAUGAAUUCAGGGGCUUGUUUUCACUUCUGAACCUCUCACUAUUUGAAAAUCAGAUCGAAACUCUACAUGAGAGCUGCUUCCAUGGUCUGAAAAAUUUGACAUUUCUGCAGUUGCAAAAGAAUAAUCUCAGAAAGGAAGCACUGAGCAAUAACUGUUUAAGAAAAUUGGUGAAAUUAACUAGAUUGGAUUUGUCAAAUAAUCACUUUAAAUACUGGUCCAGCAAAAAUUUGACAGUACCUCCGUUUAUGAACUUGUCCAAUUUAGAAACGUUAUUAUUUGGAGUUCAACGCUCCAAGGGCAAAGGCGUAUUCCCUGCAAACUUCCUUCAGGGUCUGACAAAACUCUCAACUUUUAUUUGCAAUAACAUCCAACUUUUAUCUUUUCCCAAUGACUCUUUCACUUACACACCUCAUCUCACAAACCUGGACAUCAGCGCCAAUGAUCUUCUGGACAUUUCACCCAAGUUGUUCAGUCCAAUACCAAAAUUAGAGCAUCUUAGAAUUAAUAGCAUUAACCUUCAUUCUCUAGAGUUCCUGAUCAACUCCAACCUUACAAAGUUAAAUGAACUCGAAGCAAGAAAAAAUGCCUUUUCUGUCGUCAGUAAAGACGUCAUCCGAUCGUUACCAAGUCUGUCAGUGCUGGACCUAAAAUAUAACAAAUUCACAUGUGAUUGUGACAACUCUUGGUUUGUGCAAUGGAUAAAAAACAAUAGCCAAACUGAAGUGGUGGAUGCUUACAAUUUUACCUGCAGCUACCCACCAGAGUCUAUGAACCAAAAACUUCUACAUCUUAACACUCAGUCUUGCAUUUUGGACGUUGGCUUCUUUUGUUUUAUUUCCACCGCAUUCACCAAUAUCCUGAUCCUCGUGGUUACCUUCACCUACCAUUUCAGCAGAUUUCAUCUUAUCUAUGCCUACUACAUAUUUUUGGCAUGGCUUUUUGACUCCAAGAACAGACAGAAACGCGUAGAGGAUCAGUACGAUGCCUUUGUCUCUUAUAAUACCCACGAUGAAGCCUGGGUUUACCGAGAACUGGUCCCCCAUCUGGAGAAGGAGCAAGGUUGGAGGCUCUGCCUGCACCAUCGUGACUUCCUCCCAGGGAAACCUAUUGUGGAAAACAUUGCUGAUGCCAUUUAUGGAAGCAGGAAAACCAUCUGUGUAAUCAGCCAACGAUAUCUGCAGAGCGAAUGGUGCUCCAAAGAGAUGCAGCUGGCCAGUUUCCGUUUGUUCGAUGAGAGAAAGGACGUGUUGAUCCUCGUGUUUUUAGAGAACAUCCCCUCAGCUCACCUGUCUCCUUAUUACCGCAUGAAGAAGAUCCUGAAGAAGAGGACCUACCUGAGCUGGCCCCGGCGCUCCGAGCAGCACCUUCUGUUCUGGGAGAAACUACGGCAAGCCCUUGGGUCCACAAACACAGCUGAAGAAGACAGACUGCUCCUCACUGUCACCCAAUUGACCUGAGACUGCUUUCAGUGACAAUACAAAGCUUUGAAAAUCAUUUGUAAAUAAAACAGAUUAAGUUAUAAGAUGAAUGAAUGAAAAAGUAAUGGCGUUAAUACUCUUCUAUUGAAUAUUUACUGUUGUCUGUACUUGCCGUUUGUCUGGUGGAAAGUUUGUCAUCAGCUUGUCUGCAUGAAGAUGUUAUUGCUUUGUUUGGAAUGUUCCACAU